AUGAGAUUAUGCUUCUUGAUACUAGGAGUGUUGCUUGCAGGGCUGGGCCCCGCAGAGUGCAUAGAAAUGACACCCGCCGACAUGCUGGGAUGCGUGGGGGCUGUGGUUGGGCGUGUGGGCAAGACAGACGUGCACGUGAGCCCAGAGUGGGCAGGGCAUCCUGUGUGCAUAUCCCGGAUUGGUUGGCUGGGGUAUGUGCGCAGCAUGCGGGCCUUUUCCUCCGGGCUAAACACGCACUUUAGUCUGGUGCAGAGAAAGAGUGAAAUGAAAAUCGGGCAGAGCUUUGAGGAAGAAGUCUACAUGCAGUCCAAAGAGCCGUCCAAGGACGCGCCGCAUCUUUACUUCGACGCUGUAGCGUCCGGACACGAUCAUAGGCACACCGUGGCGUUCCACUGGGCGCUGGUGCAUAUGUUUGGGCUGACCGCAGAUGAGCAGCUGACGGUUGAAACCGGACGACCGUGCUCGUUUACAGAAUUCCUUCGGGAGAGCUGCCGAACAAAAAAAGAGGCGCACUACGUGCUGGCUGCGCUGGUCCUGCUGAGCGAGGACGUGGACGCGCCGAUUGAGACCGCUGGGAAUAGAGUGAUUCUAAAAAAAAGAAAAGACAGCGAGGACGUGCUGGUGGAUGUGUGCGUGCCAGCCAUGGAGGGUGGAGAAAGGCAGCCAUCCGAGACGUGGCAUGUAGUAAACUUCUUCAAGCGGUGCAGAGGCACACACAUGCUGCCAAGCACAUACGAAGAGUUUAAAAAGGGAGGCUUUCUCGAGAGCCCGCAGCUUCUGAUUCUCACGUAUGUAGGCGAGUACGUGAAAAACGCCGAGGAGCUUAUGUCUGUGAUGAGGCGUGCGUUCAAGCUUGUGGAGGGCAUGGGCCUGGCGGAAAGCUUAAAAGACGCGAACAGCGUGGUCAGCCGGCUGUUUGUGCCUGCGAGCCGGCUGCCCGAGGCUGAAAAGUAUCUGAAUCCGUUUUUGAGUGCACAAGCAGAGAUGGAGCGUCUGAGGUGCUUGGGGGUGUUCGUUGAGCUGCAAACGGCGCUGGCACAGCCUAAAGGAGCAGAUCUCCCGCACGCAUGCAGUCCGCCGAACAGGCAGAAAGAUGUUGUUCUCGGUAUAAAUAGAGGGCUGUGCGUGCUCAUUCUGUGCUUGGCGUACAUGCCGGGCGCUGGGGCAUACCGCUUGCAAAGCCUGCUGCACGGUAAUGAAGAGCAGAAGGCGCAGGCCAGAAGGGUUUUUCAGAAAAUAGACGCACAUGUGAACAAGGGCUCUUUUUUCGGGCCUUUUGAGCCAUGCGAGUGGGCGCACAUGAGCCAGCGCGAGCAGACAGGCCUGCAGCUUGAGCAUGCUCUGGGGGAGCUGGAUGCGGCAGGCUGGGCGUACAUGCUUGCCGAAACGAUUGAGCAGGCGCAGGCUGAUGCGGUGACACUGAGCAGAAUGAUGCAUGAGUCCGUGGCUGGCCAGAACCCGAGAAUCCCGCCCACCCUAAGGUUUGGCGAAGAAGAAAUGCAGGCCAUUUGUGCUAUUUUGAUUUCGCUAGCUGCGGACGUGCAGAUGAGCGCUUCCGUUGUGAAGUGCUCCAGCGAUUCAGGCCGUGAUGGAUAUGUGCUGGAAAUAGCGCACAGGCAUACAGAUAGCGGGCGAAAGCAAGCGCUGACGCUAACUUUUGGAAAGCCGCAGUUGGUGUGCGAGCUGGAGCUGCCAAGCAGGUGCCUUUCCGAGGAUGGGGACAGGGCCCUGGAGGCCAUGGCCGCCCAGUACCGGCAGCACGGGUUCUUUCCUAGCUUUGUGUUUGCUGAGUGCAUGUGCCGGAUGGCCUUGCGAUGCAGGCCCAAAAACCUUUUUGGCGCAGUGGCCCAGAGGCUGCGAGAUGCGGCCAGAGAGGCUGCGGAGUGCAGCGCAGAGGAGCCCAAUCGCAUGUUCCUGGCCGUGCCGCAUCUGGGCCCGGCUUUGAAGGAGGAGCUUGUGUCUGCGCUGCUGCUGUAUGCGCACGCAAACGGGGUCGCGUUGAGCCGGGCCCAUCCAAUAGUGCGGCUGACCGCAAACGUGAUAGGAAGCGCGGAUCUUGUUGGCUGGUAUACGCAGGAAAAGAUGCUCACUGUGCCCGUGUUCACGGGAGCACUGAAAGCCCACUAUCCAAUGGUUGGGCUGUCUUUGAAGCGGCACGCAUGCUUUUUAAACCCGCUGAGCUUUCCAACGUAUGAGAGCCUGUACUCCCCCGAGGAGGCGCGCGUGCACACACGGCGCCUGAUUAUGGAGCACUUUCGGGUGUGCGCAGCGCAGGGACAGAGGCCGCUGUUUGAGUGCCGCAUUCUGAGCGGAUACGCACACGCAAAAAAGCUUUUUUACUAUCUGCUUGCGGAGGACCCUGUGGAGACUUUGCACGAGAUUUCCAUGCUUAUUUUUGCAAAGCACGCGGGGGAGCACCAGAAGGCAGCGCAAUACUUGGUCAGGGCGCUGGGCUUUGCAUGUCUAUUGAACCUUCUUCCCAUGGGCCUGGCAAGCCAUCGCGAGGCUAUUCUUCAGGUGUACCGAAUUUCCGAGCUGUCUUAUUUCGCGCGCUACACACACAGCACGGACCUUUGGGGCCUGGACAGCCUGAACAGAGCAGCAGAGUCCAUACAAGACAGCGAUCUGCAGGCUGCGCUGGUGGAGGACUGCGGAAAAGAAAAGUUUAAAAUGCUGCAAGGCGUGCUUCGCUCCUUGCGCGGAAUGCGCGCCUAG